AUGGCAAGAUUAGUGGUGAAGGGUUACACACAGCGGGCUGGGAUAGAUUAUAUAGAGACCUUCUCACCAGUAGUGAAGAUGACAACUGUGAGAGCUUUGAUUACAACAGCAGUCAAGAAAGGAUGGCAAGUUUUACAGUUGGAUGUCAAAAAUGCAUUCCUCCACGGAGAUCUCCAUGAAAAGGUGUACAUGGAGGUGCCACCAAGGCUGGUUGUGGAGAGGCCAGGUUUAGUGUGCAAAUUAAACAAGUCCUUGUAUGGGCUCAAACAAGCAAGCAGACAGUGGUAUCAGAAAUUAACUGAAGAAUUAUGUUCUAGGGGGUAUACUCAUCCAAUGCUUGACUACUCCCUGUUUUAUAAGAAGGUUAAAGGAUCAGUAGUGUUUGUGGAUGUCUAUGUAGAUGAUGUCCUUAUCACAUAUACUCACUUGCAAGAGAUUGAGUCUUUGAAGAACUUUCUGCACAACACAUUCAAGAUAAAAAACCUGGGGAGGCUUCACUACUUCCUAGGCUUAGAGGUCCAAUACACAGACAAAGUUGUGUUGAUGUCACAGAAGAAGUUCACUAUGGAUCUUUUGAAAGAAUUUGGAUGUAUAGAUUGUCCUCCUAUGAAUUCUCCUCUAGAUUCAUCUGUGAAGCUGAAAGCUGAUGAACGAGCCUUAUUAACAGACCCUUCCUACUACAGGAAGCUAAUUGGGAAUCUCAACUUCCUCACUAACACUAGGCUCGAUAUUGCUUAUAGUGUACAACAUCUUAGUCAGUUCGUGCAAAGUCCCAAGGAGCCACAUUUGAAGGUUGCAUAUCAUGUCCUAAGGUACUUGAAAGGUGACCCAACCUUGGGAAUUUUUCUUACUAAUGAUGCAGACUACACAGUGAAAGCCUUCUGUGAUUCAGAUUGGGCAAGUUGUCCCCAAUCCAGAAAAUUAGUCAGUGGAUACAUUGUAUUACUUGGGGAUAGUCCUAUUAGUUGGAAAUCUAAGAAGCAGUCCACCAUUUCUUUAUCCUCUGCAUAA